CUGAAACUUUGGAGGCAAUCGUUUCGAUCUUCUUCAUAGCCGUGGCAGGGUAUUGAGCCUGCAGCGAAGAUAUAGCAACAAUCCAGUGCGUUUGUUGGAGAGAAAAUAAUGGCGGAUCAACAAUCUGGACGAAUAGUAGACUUCAGUAAGCGCUCGCAAUAUGUGAGCGAGGACAAGCAGCUCCUUCAGUACUUCAAGAAGUCUGCGUCGGGGAUCAUCUUCCCUAUGCUGGUCGGUUUUCUUAGUAUCUCCUUCUGCAGGCGCACUAUGAACGCUACCAUCGUGUUCAGCGUCUUUGCCUUCCUGUCUCUGCUGCUCAACACAAUACUGCUGCUAUAUGCCGGCAAGAUGCGCGAGAAGGAAGACAGGGAACAAGAAGAAGCGAAUGCCACCACGAACGGUGACGAAGAGUCUGUGAAAUCAUCCGACAAGCGGCCCACAAAGUGGCUAUGCAUUGCAGCUUCCGUCUCCAACUUUUUCCUCAUGAUAACCGCGAUUUGCCUGAUGACGGUGCUGAAUGUGGCCUACCUCUACCUGGCCUUCGUAUUGAUUUGUCCCAUUGGAAUUCUGUACGGGUGCUGUAUAGUGCACUCUGCCAUAAACAAGGUGGAAUGGGGCGUGGUCCAGUACGAGGACUACCAGGAGGACCUCAAGCAUUACUUUGAUCUAUCAUCCGAGAUUACCCAGGCUGCCUUCCUGGGUCUACCCGCGACUCUCUUCAGCCAGCUGAGGAGCACCAACUGCAAGCAAUCCUCACACGUCAGGCUGCCCGAGGUGCUCACCAUGUACACUGUCCUCUUUGGGCUGUUCAUCAUGCUCAUGUGCUCAGUGCCCUUGGCAUCCGGUGUAAAGGCCACGAGGGAGAGAUUUGUCAGUGUUUUCAUCAGGUACUCUACCUACGGCCUCGUUCUGUCCCUGGCCGUCGUGGCCGUCUUGGCAAUGGCAGCCAUAGGAAUCAUACCUGCGCCGUUGGAAGCGGUGGCCUUUGUCUUGGUGCUCGCCUGCUUGAUUGGGGCAAUAUCUCGGAAGGUGUACUGCAGAACCCAGCCGUCCACUAAGGAUAGGAAGAGGAGAGUCGACAUGGUCUCGGAGCGCAGCCAUUCGAUGGUUUGGUUCGGGUUCUGCCCGGCGAUGUUCGGAGUGUUGAUGGCGUCCUACUCCCGGUCCAGGAGCAAGAGCAUCGUCAACAGCGGCGACGCAGACGGCAUCACCGGCCUUUACAAGACCUGCAUCUUCUUCAUGGUUGCGGCGCUCAUCUCCAACCUCACCCGGAUGGUGCUCGUCGAUGAAGAGGACCACGACGAGGGUGAACCGCCACUGUCGGUCUUCUCCGGGUUGGUGAAUGUCUUUCUCAUGUUGAUCGCCGUCGGCCUGGUGAUUCUCAUCGCACUGCUGCAGCCCCAGCAGAUCCACAGUACCUUCGUGUUAGCUUGA